CCAUGCCUCUCAAAUCUGAUGAACACUCACACUCACACGCUCACGCUCACGACCGCCCCCCCUCCCUCGACCGCGAAGACGCCCCAUUCCUCGACGCCGGCGAACCCAGCCUCCCGCUAGACGACCAGGAUGACGACUCCGCCCCCAAGCCCUACACCGAAGAGCGGCGGGAAAUCGACCGCAAGAUCCGGUUCCGGCUGAUGGUCACGCUGUUCGCGAUGAUCCUGGCGGUCGAGGUCGGCGUGUGCAUGUCCAAUGGCCCCGUCACCCGCAUCUACGAGUCCAUCGCCUGUCGCGAGUACUACGCCCAGUAUGACCCGACGCAGAUCGCUGCUGAUGGACAGGUCCCCGAGGAGUUGUGUAAGAUCAAGGCGGUGCAGCAGGAUCUGGCCGCCGUGAAGGGGUAUAUGGAGUUUUUUGAUGGGAUUUUGAGUGCCGUGCUGGCUAUCCCGUACGGUCUUUUGGCCGAUCGCCGUGGACGAAAGUCCACUAUCUGCCUCAGUAUUCCCGGUUUCGCUCUCAAUUGCAUCAUGCAGCUGGCCGUGAUGUGGUUCCCGGAUGUCUUUCCGCUAAGAGCUGUGUGGGCGUCGUCCCUGGCGUGGUUGUUCGGCGGAGGUCCCGUGGUGGCGUUUGCGAUUAUCUGGACUAUGAUGUCUGAUGUGUCGACUGAAGAAGAGAGGGCGGCGAUAUUCUUCCGUUUCGGUGUCGCGAGCAUGGGCGCCGAUUUCGCAUCCAGCGCCGCCAGCUCCUGGCUGAUGUCGUUGGACCCGUGGCUCCCUCUGCUGAUAGGAUGGUCGCUCGCGGUCAUCGGCAUGUUCUUCGCCCUGUCGCUACCGGAGACCAUGCAUGUACGGCCGGUGCGGAGUGAGAAGCAGAGCAUGGAAAUGAGUCAGGUAUCCCCCGGAGAUUCCGAGUACAAGUCCGUCCCGAGCAAGGAGCAGGAGCAGGAGUCGUUCAGCGAUGACGAAACGAUCCAGGGCGAAGUCCACGCCUUUGCGAAAACUACCACCCGCCGGUCGUUUUUCGCCAUGAUCAAGUACCGACUGCGCGCCUACUUCGCGCCGUAUUCGUUCAUCCUCCGCAACAAGCAGAUCAUGCUCCUUCUCACGGCCUUCCUGGUCUACCGACUCAGCCGCGGCUCGUCCUGGUUCUUGGUCCAGUACAUCUCUACCCGCUUCAAGUGGACACUGGCCGAAGCGAACUUCCUGAUGUCGUUCAAGCCCGCCUUGACCAUCCCCCUGUUCCUGUUCAUCCUCCCCGCCAUCUCGCGACAGCUGCUGAAGAGCAUGAAACCCACCCAGAAGGAUCUGCGGCUGAUGCGCAUCAGCAUUGGUCUGCUGGCGGUGGGAACGCUAGGCAUUGGGUUGUCGUCGAGCGUUUCGAUGUUGAUUCCCAGUCUGGUUCUUCAGACGUCCGGGUCCGGCUUUGUUUUCCUGACGCGGUCCCUGAUCACGACCUUGGUCAACCGCGAGGAGACGGCGCGGCUGUUCACCAUCAUCGAGGUGCUGCAGUCGGUGGGUAACGUCAUUGCCAGUCUGUCCAUCACGACGGUGUUCCAGAUCGGUCUGGAGAUCGGAGGGCCCUGGAUCGGCCUGGCGUGGAUGAUGACCGCGACCGCGUUCACAAUGCGCGGUUCGGGAAUCGCGCCUUUCCUCCCCCUCCCCCCUCCGCGUUGGAGCUUUGUCCAGCUUCCCCUGCGGUGGCUCCUCUGGUGGAUACGUCUCCCGCUGUUUAUCGUCGCGCUUGCCAGCUAUUUUCUGGUUCUUCAAUGGCUCCCGAUAGGAUCGCUAGGUCGGAAGGCAUGCCUGUCGUGCAUUCUGAGCGUGCCCAGCAUAUGGUGGAUUGAUAUCCAGGUGGACGGAGUACAAAGAGGAACCCUCAACAUGCGAAAGCACCAGGGACGUCUCCCCGGCCCCAGCUCCAUCAUUGCUUCGACCUUCACCUCGCCCAUCGACGCGGUCUACCUGGCCGCCAUCUUCGACCCUGUCUUUGUCGCUGCCUAUCCCGACUCCACGCUCGUGGUGAAAAUCUCUCUCUGGGAAGCAAUUCUCCGCUCUUUUGCCAGCCCGCAACUGCGGCCCCUGCCCGGGUCCAAUGCGGUCGACUUCGCCACCGUCAUGCAGCAAUACCCCGGCCGGCCCAUUGUCGUGUUUCCCGAGUGCACCACCACCAACGGACGUGGAGUCAUGCCCCUGAGCCGGUGUCUGACAAACACCCCCGCCCGGACGCCGAUCUACCCCGUUGCCUUGCGAUACACCCCCCAGGAUGUGAUGAACCCGAUACCAGGCUGCUAUCUGAGCUUCCUAUGGACCCUGCUGAGCAGACCCACGCAUUGUAUCCGGGUCCGCAUCGCGCAGGCCGUCGUGGCCGUCCGGGAGGGCGAAGAUGCCGAUAUUGAAGACCCUGACAACACCUAUCUAGAUACUCUGGACCAGACUGAACACGCCAACGGCUUUCAACAAACCCACGUCGUGGUGCCCGAGAACAAGGUCAUCGGCCAUGUGGCUGAUUCCCUGGCUCGGAUUGGCCGCGCCAGGCGCGUGGGAUUGACCGUCCAGCAGAAGAGGGAAUUCGUGGACAUGUGGAGGAAAUCCAAUUUCAUAUGGUAG